AGAGAGAGAGAGAGGGAAGUCAGCUCACAGCUCACACCUCCUCACUCACUCACACUCACUCUCUCUCUCUUUCUGAGAGCUGAGAGAAGACUCUUGGACAGUAACCUGCUAACCUUCUUUGCUUACAUCAACCAGCAACAAUGAGGAACUUCAUCAAAGAAGCUUUUGCAGACUUCUUCUUCGAGUAUGAGACUCCCCGGCAGGUGCUGGUCAAAAACCCAAAAGUGGGUAUCGCCUGCAGAAUCCUCCAGUUGGGGGUGUUGGCUUACAUUAUCGGAUGGGUGUUCAUCUAUGAGAAAGGCUACCAGAUCCAAGACACGGCUAUAAGCUCCGUUUUCACUAAGAUGAAAGGACUAGCCUACACGGAACAAAAUGGAGAGGAGAGGCUUUGGGACGUAGCCGAUUAUGUGUUCCCUGAUCAGGGCGUCUCAUCUUUUGUUGUGAUGACAAACUUCAUCAUGACUGUGGGCCAGACACAGGGCAAAUGCCCAGAGCUGGCGGAUGGAUCUAACAACUGCACUACGGAUGCAGAUUGCAAGAAGGGCGAAUAUAAACGUACAGGAAAUGAGAGCUACAAGACAGACGCGACCGUUCUGCCCUUCGAAGAUGAAGUAGGCAAUGAGCGAGGGCGCAUGACUGGGAAGUGCAUAAACGGCACUUGUGAGAUCCAAAGCUGGUGUCCGGUACAAGAUGACCGCGUGACCCCGAAUCCUCCGCUUUUGGCAGCAGCUGAGAAUUUCACACUCUUCAUCAAAAACUCCAUUUCCUUCCCUGAGUUUGGUGUAGUGAGAAGUAAUCUAGUGGAAAGUGUGACUCCAAGUUACAUGAAAACCUGCCUGUUUGACCCGGAUAAUCAACCACUGUGUCCCAUCUUCAAGCUCGGAGACAUCGUCAGCCUCUCCGGCUUCCAGUUCUCAAAGAUAGCUCAAUUGGGCGGAUCAAUAGGGGUCCUGAUCGAGUGGGAGUGUAAUCUGGACCUUCGUAUUGAAAAAUGCCUGCCCAAGUACAGAUUCGAAGGCCUCUACGGAAACAAUUCGGCAGCGUCAGUGGGCUACAAUUUCAGAACGGCUAAAUAUUACACAGAGGACAAAAUCCAAAGGAGAACACUCAUGAAGGUGUUUGGCCUGUACAUCGAGAUCAUCGUACAUGGCCAGGCAAGGAAAUUUGACAUCAUCCCGACGCUGACAGCCAUAGGGUCAGGAGUGGGAAUCUUCGGUGUGGCCACCGUCGUGUGUGAUGUGCUUCUUCUGCAUUUAGUGCCAAAGAAGAAUUUCUAUAAAACUCUGAAAUUCAAAUCCAUACCAGAGGAGGAAGAGGAACCGGAAUCGCUGAAGAUGGACCAAACAAAGGAGCCAAAACAAGAAAACUGAACUGCUUAGCUGCAGUGACGAUCAGAACAAAACCCAAGCUCACAACAACUCGCCCGGGAAGAACAAAACCUGAUCUGCAUCAGAGACCUGCUAAUGAACAUGAACACACACUUCAUUAGAACUACAUAAAACCCUCACGCCUCUAGCCCUCAGCGCUGAAGCUAACUGGAAGACUUAAAUAAAUACGCGGGGUCUGAAAUGAACUCGAGCAAAUAUUUCGGUGUAAAUAAUAAACACGAAAUUAAGUACAUGUAGACUUCAUUCCUCCCUGACACCCUGGAGUCAAAUUUUUAGCCCUAAUUUAUGUCAAUAUUCUAUUUAGACUAUUUACUAUUUACAUGAGCAGCUUUAAUAACACCGACCUCAAGGGCGGAACCAUAUCACACAGUGUUUAUUGCAGAUCUGUUUCACUGACACUAAAUAAGCUAAGAUGGCUUACACCUUACGGUCGACAUUAAGAGGUUUCCUAUAACGAAAUGUUUCACCCCUCAACAAUUACAAUUUAUUUUUCUAUUCAUUUACAGCUAGCUUUAAGGUUGUGGUGAUAUGGAGUGGUGUGUUGUAGGAAGUUCUUUCCUGUGAUCAUUCUUCAUUAGACAGUUCUUUCUCGCUUUCUUUUCUUCCAUAGGUUAAAUAGAACAAAAUACAGACUUAAAGUCUAAACUCUCAUAUCCUCAUGUCUGGAAAAUAUACUUUUUACUGUUACUAAGUGACGAGACCGAAAUGUUAAAUAAAAGAAUUCUUAUAUAAAUUCACCAGAAAAUUCACCAACCGUUCAUGUGGAGCAUCUUCACAAGGCAAGUCAUGGUCUACGUUAAUAUAUUAAUAUAUAACGAGGAUGUAUUAGGACGAGUUUAUUAUAGGAAAUGAGUCAGUACCUUCAUACAGAUAAGAAUGAUCAUGUGGUACAGAAACAUCAGCAUGUAAAGACAUCGGUGCUGAUAUUCAGUAAAAUGUGAAAUCGCUCUUAUAUGACAGUUUUAUUAUGAAGAGUAAAUGACACGUCAAAUAAAAAAGGGUUUAUUUUUACGCCGCAGAUCCCAGUGAGAGUCACACACACACACACACUGCUGGUCCAUCAGCAAACCGACCGGCUAGUUCACGACGACACGUACAUUUAUUCCAACGAAACUGGCUUUCUGUCUUCCGUUUGAUCUUCACCUCAUGAGCUUUUAUCAUUUCAUGUCAGACGCUGUAUCCAUGAAAAAGGUUUCAUGCACUGUACUGUAGUAACUGCUGCUUAAUGAGCAGAGUGAUACAAACAGAAAGAAUCAUCCCAUUGUAGUGCUACUAAAUAUAAGCGCUAUUGGAAGGCAAUCAAAUCAGUGGACUAGAUAAAAUGGCUGCCAUGUAAAUUCCCCCCUCUUUGAAGACACAGAGACUUUAGAAGUUAUAUCAACAAUCUGGGUCAAAAAGCCUUUCUAGAUGUUGUAAAAUUCAGCUCCAUAGAAUGGUUACACCUUGAGCUACAACAAGCAGCCAUUGGGGCAGGAAUUGCACUGCCCCCAAGCUCGCGCUCUGAAAACAGGACGUAAACUCUUGAGUGUUUGUCUCACACACUGACAAAGGUGAUAAGAACCUGCUAUAUCUAUAUCCAACAAUAUCUAUUCGACUAUUCAUCUAUAAUUUUCAGUAUUUUCAGUUUUAUUAGCUAGCUACAUAAUCAGCCGAGUUAACUUCAAGUCUUUAAAAAGCAUCCCUAGAUGUCUAGAGAAUUAGGUUUAGUUCCCUGGGAGGAAAAAUAAAGUGCAUUGGAAUCAUCAAUAAGUUCACUUUCUUCACAAAUGAGGUAAUAUAAACUAUAUGAUACUAUUUUUGUAAGAGAUUCGGUGCCUGCUUUAUUCUCUCUCUCUGCACAUAGUUUGUUCGAGUUCAUCAUCCAGCGGUUCCUAAUCUAGGGUUCACAGACCGGUAACGGGAGGGUUGUGGGAAAAACGUAUAGAAAAUGGCACCAUCUACAACUAAUGAGCUGCUGAUUGGGAGAAGUUACCUGGGUUUAGGAAUUUGUGGUUUCUAGUCAUCAAAGCUAGACUGCCGUUUAGACAUGAGGCGACUUCACGUCAAGAACAAAUACGGAAGCAGAGUCACGUUUUCCUCAUUUCUACUCGGCAAUAACAGGACCGCCUUGCAUCCUCUAUCCAAACCCAAGUGAAACUGUUUUAUAUUAUAUUAAUAUUUAUCUAUCUAGGGGGUCUCGGUAUCUCAAAAUGGCAGAAGGAUUUUCUUAAAAGUUGGGUUGCAUUCAGGUUAAGAACUGCUGCUCUUGUAAUAUUCACCAGUCAGAGGUCGUGGGAUUACCUCUCAAUAUCGCGUGAUGCUAAGCUCUUAUUUGAUGCCGCACCAAAAUCUGUGGUAAAAUCAGGUGUAAUUAUACGAGGCAGGACCUUAGCAUCUGCUGGCGAAGACUAGAUUUUGUUUUUGUAUCAGCAACACGAAAAAAUGUAAAUGAAUGUCGAUGUUACUGUCGAGUUUCACUUUUCCUAACGUGCCACUGAACCUGUAAUUAUUCCAGCUCUCAUUUGUAGCAAUACAAUAAAUAUAUGGAUUAUU